AUGGAGGCACAUGGGCAGCCGGCCUCGAAUCUGCUGUUCACCUCGUUUCUCACGCGCAGAAUCGACAUCCAGCGGCUCGCCCUCGAACCAAUCGACAUCUACGGCAGCAACGACCAACUCCGGAUUGCCAACUCGACAACAUCUGCCCAGGCCAUGAUGGCGGGCGAAUUUAACAUCCCGUACUGUUCACCAAUAUCUGUGGAUGACUCGUUCAACGACAAGAGCAAGUAUCCAACACUCAUCCGAACGGUCGGAACAGCUGUACCGGCAGGCGCCACUGUUGUUGACUGGGUGCUUGCGAUGGGCUGGACCAAGGUCGUCCUGGCCGUCACAUGCAAAAUCAACGACCAGUACGGAUACCUUUUUCUCCAAGGAUUCCUGGCGAGGGCCCAGUACACGGGUCUCACCAUCCUCGACACCAUCUACUACUACUGCAACGCUUCGCCAGACUUUUCUGCAAACGACUUUGUGACCCCGGUGCAGAGAAUGAAGGCCACUAACGGGAAAAUCAUUAUAUCCCUCGGAAAUAUCGGCCCGUCGUCGGUACUAUAUGCACAAAGUGUUCGAAAGCUGCCUUUCCGUGGCAAAGGAUAUUUGCCGAUGAUCAUGAAUUCGCAAGCAGGUUUGACAACCUCGGACUAUGUGUGGUUUAUGGCUGGCGGACGGUGGGCUGCCUCGGACUAUGCCAACUUUUUCCAAACUCCAAGCAAUCUGGCCGCAAGCUACUAUCCGGGCAGAGCCAUCCAAAGCUCGGAUUUGCCCACCGACGGCCCAGUCAGCUACUGGCCGAAUAAUCCACAGUGGCUCAAGUUCAACCAAACGUGGUCGACCUACAACCAGAGAUCGCUCACAUACGCACCUGGAGGAGCACACGUCGUUAUGCCAAUGACGUACGACUGCACAUUGGCAAUGAUCUAUGCCUUUGACAACCUCCUUCGGGUUUAUCCAAACACCGUCACUCUGUCAGCCAUUGCCCAAGGGGGACUGAGUCGGCAGUACACAACACCAGCCAUGUUUUCGCUGGGCCAGCCUGGAUCGUGCGGUCCCCUCUUGUUUGACAAUGAGGGCAACUUUGAGUCUGGAGGCAUAUCCAUCCAAAUGAUUAGAAACGACAACACCUGGAAUAUGGCGACCAUCACGUUGAUGGGGAACUUUUCAUACGCCUCCACCAACGUCAAGAUCGAGCAGGGUCUGACUCCGGCAGCCUGGUUCCAAUUCUACUACAAUGUCACGACAAACGUCACGGUCCCGGUCGACUAUCCGCCGAUCAUCCAGACAAACGAGACAUUUUCGACUGCGGCUGCUCCAGUAGUGAUUAUCACACUGCUGAUUGUUGCACUCCUGGGCGUCCUGUAUUUCUCGUUUACGAACUACCGGCAGCCUGCCCAUAUCAACAUCACGUUCUUCCGCUUUGCUGUUGCCUCGGCAAUCGUCGCAUACUGCACCUACUUUUUCUUUGUUGGCAUCCCAACGAACACCAUCUGUACCGCACAGACGUAUCUGCUGGCGUGGGUUUUCGCCAUGUGCAAUGGUGCAUUCUUGGUCAACUCGUUUGGCCAGCGCCGCGUUACUCUGUGCAAGUCGUCGGACAUGAUCAAGAAGGCAGUCUCCUCGAGACCUAUGAUAUUGGCGACGACGGGAAACGUGGUGCUAAGUUGGAUCCUGUGCAUAAUCUCUGACCGCCGCGAUCCUCGCGUCGCCGUGAACAUCUCAGUCUCAAACCUCCACAUCUAUACUCUCUGCAAGAGCACAAGUGGCCAGGGAUGGACAACAGAGCACACCAUCUUGAUCAUCUUCCAGGGUAUCCUCCUGAUUGUGGCUAUCUGGAACACAUGGUCGUUUACCAAGUCGCCGCUGUUGAGAACUCAAGCACAGCUGCUUUUAUUGGGAGUGGCCCAUAUGCUGGUGCUUACACUGGUCUUUGCCGGUCUGCUGUCAAGCCCUGUGAUGGUUGGGUACAUGUUUGUGCUUCACUCUGUCGCCUUCACAGUCAUACCGACGGCGGUGAUCGGGCCAAUCAUUGCCGCCACGAUCCUGGACUCGCUCAAGACCAACAAGGAGGCCAAGCUGGCGAGCUCCACGAUGCUGCGCUCUCCGGCGCGGGAGCGAGAGAUGUUGAUGAAGAAAAAGACGAUCGUCUUCACCUCUGUCUCGGUCGAGCUGACGAUCCGCAACCGCAAAAUCGAUGCCCGCCACUGCGACAUCUCGGUCAUUGACGACAGUGUCGUCAUCCAGGUCCGCCAGGGUCACCAGACAGAGUCGCUGGAUCAGGAUUUGCCGGCCAUCAUCCAAGUCGUGGGAGGAGGCAUCGAGAUCGUCCGAAGCACCCACCGAAUCACAAUCUCGGUCGGCCGAAAGGAGCCCCUGGUCAUUUCCUUUGCCAACACUGAGCUGGCGACGGACUUUCAGGAUGCCGUGGACGAUUACUUUCUCUCAACGAGCCGCCACUGCGACCUGUGGCGCUUCCAUCGGUUCGGACGAUUGGCGGAACCCGGCAUCCUGUGCAGAUUCAGCAAGUUCCGGGGACUCGGCGGGGUUCUUAGCUUGACAAUCUCUAUCAGUAUCCCAUGGCAAGCCAUGACGCUGCCUCACGGCCCGGCAGCAUCCAACAAACACCAGCUAGAACCAAAAGCUGCGGCCAAGCACACAUGCAUAGCCAAGCAUGAGCACUUCUGA